AGAAGCCCCAAUCAUUCAGCCAGUCAACGGUGUGCAUCCAUAUUGUCAGCCUGAGGUGGAGAGCAGACACCCUGCGGCAAACACACUCGAGGCUCCGGACAACCACAGCCGUCUGCACCGCCUCCUGAACUCUUUUCCUAUGUUGUCGACAUUUUUUCCGCUUUCCUGAGUCCUCUCCUCCCUCAGCACCAGGGGAUGGAGGAAUGAGCAACACCGACUCCCCUCCGCCGCCGCUGCCUCCUCCUCUGCCUCCUGCUCCUCAGUCGGUCGGUCUCCGUGUCCCCCUUCAGCCGAGCUGUGUCCAGGAUGCGGAUCCCGCUGCUCGGCCAGGCUGCGGUGUUUGCGGCCCUGUUGGCGCUGAGCACCUGCCUGACAGGGUCUAAUCUGUGCCCUCGGAGUUUAGACUGCGCCCAGGCGGGUCGAGACUUCUGCCAGCCCGGCAGCUCACACUGCGGUCCCUGCCUGCGCCCUCUGGUGGAGGACUCCCGAGGUCGCUGUGUGGUCAAGAGGAGACAUGCUCCUCACUCCAUGAAAGGUAAGGUUAUCACUCAUCCUGAGCUGGAUGAGGAAAUUGACUUCCUGUCCGCCAUCAUCAGUGAACAGAGAACCGAGUCCAGGAUGUCAGCUCCGCCCUCCCGAGACAUCCCCAAACCCAAACCCAAGCAGCUGGGUGAGCACGGUGCUGCUCACAGAGCCUCGACCACAGAGCAGCCAAGGAGCCACAGCGUCCCAUUCACCAGCACGGCACUACCCACCACCACCGCCACAAACCACACUCCUGCUCUGCUCAGCGACCCCAUCAUCCUCCCCUACCCCUCUAAUGACCACGUCUUCAUCAUCAUGAGCAGCGUCUUCAUCGCGGCGGGCUCGCUGGCUUUGAUCAUAGCAGGGGCCUUUUGGAUUAGGUUGCAAAAAGGUGUGCGUCUGACUGAGAAGGUGGACUAUCCUGCAUACAGAAUGAUGACUGCUCAAGCCUUCAACAAUUUGCCUGGGGACAAGAAGCUGGCCCACAGUGCCCAGAUGUACCACUACCAGCACCAGAAGCAGCAGAUGCUCUCCCUGGAGAAACACAGGGACGAGCCUAAAGUUCCUGACUCAGGAGCAUCAACGGAUGAGGAGAACGAGGACGGAGAUUUCACAGUGUAUGAGUGUCCUGGACUGGCACCUACAGGGGAAAUGGAGGUGAAGAACCCGCUGUUUGACGACUCCACCCUUUACCUCCAAAGGUUCCACAAGUGAACUCGGACUUUAAGAUGCUUCACACCUCCGAAUGCAGCGUUUGAGUGUACAAAAAGUUGAGUUUACACACACUGCUGCGCUCAGUCCAACCCUUUGAAAGGACAUGAUAGCAAGUGUAAGGUGGAGGAUGAAGAGGAGGAGGAGUGAGGUGUUUAUGGACUUUUCAAAGGACGUCACAGUGCUGGUUUCUAGUGUGAAGUAGGACUGAAUCUGGGACCAAUGCCUCCCAUUCUACAGACAUUUCCUUUUUCUUUUCUUUUUUUUAGUGUCAUCACUAUUAUUUUUCUAUUUUUGUUUAAAAAAAAGAGUUUCUCUCGACAGGUAGCAGACACAUAUAUAGAAAUAAUAUCCUGCGUUAAUUGAAAAGAGUGCCGAACAGCUACAACUAAGUAUUUCUAUCAGUUUAUUGAUUGAUAGAUCUCUAUGAAUAUCCAUAACUCUCCCUGCAGGCUUUGGUUUUACUUCAGCAUUUUUCUUUUUUUAAAAAUGUGAUUUUAAUAUUUCAUGACCACCCUGUGCUCUUUCUCAGUAUGUUAUGUAGCCAUUGUGUUCUCAGUCUAGUUCUUCUAUGCAUGAAUUGAUGGCGCUGUGUUUCGAAACCUGACAGUCGAUAUGCAUUUACAAGUUCCGCCAAGUUUCUUGUGCAAACUUGCUGAUACACAAUGAUUUCAAAGGAAUUUGAAACUUCUUUACGUAGACCUCUGAAACAGAGCGAGCCCAUCUUGUAUAUAUAGAUAUAUAUUAUAGAUGCUGUCUCACUGACAUGGCUUGUCCCCAUGGUUCUGUGACGUGUAAAUAGCUGCUAACGUGUACAGGGAAGAGAUCUUACCUCUCACUCAGUGUGUCCGUGCACAUGUUCCUUUAGGUUGCUGAGUGCCGUGUCCAAUCUUGAACUGUUGUUUGUUUCCUUAUCGUUGACUAUAUUUACAGGGUUCCUACACGUGUGGAGAGGACAGGAAAGGAAAGACGUGAACACACGUUUGACCCGUUCCAUUUGUUAUUGUGCAGUCAAGUUUUUAACUGAAUUGAUGUAAUAGUUUUGUAGAUCAAGGGGAAAGCUGAGAGUAUCCGCACACUGUAACAUAGCUCCUGAAUGUUUAUUAACCCUUUGAAAUCUGGAUCGACAUCUGUUUUCUGGUGCAGCAUUCAGACGCCUUUCACAAGCAUUUAAACCUUUAAAAGCUGAACAAAUUGGUUUGAUUUCUUUCAAAAAUAUGG